GUCAGGGAAAUAAACUCUGUACCAGGGUGCAGUAAAUCCCUGUGGGCUUGUGCGAGGCAGGGGGGCUGUCCUGGUGGACCACCACUGCCUCACUGUUGUCCCUGGCAGUGACUUGUCCUCCUGCCCCCUGCACUGCAUCCCCGACUCCCAUCCGCUGCAUGUUUGCAGAACCUUCUAACAUGCUCUGUACUCAAUGAAUUUUGCUGCUUUCCUCUCUCCCCUCCCAAGAGUAUCUGCUGCUCUGUUCCUUUCUAUCCGUUCCUGUCAUGUUCCCACCAACCCAAACAGAAAACAGUACUAGAAGGUGCUCAAUAAAUCCUCUUUGGAUGAAGGAAGGAGGGGAGGAGAGAAUGCUUGUUGGCCCAGAGUGGCAGCUCCCGGGGUGGGGAACCUGGACCACACCUCAGUUUUCCCAGCUGUGGAAAUGGGACCACGCCACCCAUGACCUUUCCCGUCCUUCCUGCCACCAGACUGUGGGUGUCGUGUUUGCAGCUCUGGUGCGGGCUGUCCGGCUUGGCCAACUCCCAGGGGACUGGCCCUGCUGACACCGGAUUCUUUCCUGGACCGUCUAGCUGCCUGGCUGACACUUGAUCCUGGCCCCACUUCCAGGCCAGCGACCGCCGAUCACUCGGCUCAGGCCAGGGCCCCAAGAUCCCUGACGAGAGACAAGGUGCUUCUGUGCCGUUGGGAGGGUGUGGUGAGGCCAAGGUUCUGCCAACACCAGCAGGAGCCGUGAGGAUCUGGGACGGUGCCCAGCCCAUGGCCCAGAGCAGCUGCGGCUGAGGAGCAGGCACCAGGCUGCCAGCCCCUGUGCCCCGGAGCCCCACUGUUGCCCACCAUGGGGACCCUCAGCUGCGACCCUUCUCCACGACUGACCACAGUGCCCCUGGGUCGGCGGGCCACCGAGUGCCAGAUCCCAGAGACCGGCCUGAGGAGAGCCUGUGGCCUGGCCACCUCGGAGAGCGGCUCUGGGCCGGGCUUGUAUGUCCUGCCAUCCACCGUGGGCUACAUCAACCAUGACUGUACCAGGGUGGCUGGUCCUGCCUACUCACUCUUUCGGAGGCCCAGUGAGGCAUCUCCGCAGGAGACCAGCCCUGGACCCAUCUACUUCCUGGACCCCAAAGUCACCCGCUUUGGACGAAGCUGCACUCCUGCCUACUCUAUGCAGGGUCGGGGCAAGUCUCGGGGUCUGGAAGUGACGCCAGGCCCUGGGGCCUACAGCCCAGAGAAAGUGGCCCCUGUGCGCCAGCGGACCCCCCCAGCUUUCACCCUGGGCUCCCGCCUCCGCCCGCAGCCCCUGGACACCUCAGCCCCUGCCCCUAACACCUAUACCCUGCCUUCCCUCUGGGGCUCCCAGAUCUUCAUCAAGCCCAGCAGUCCCAGCUACACGGUGGCAGGCCGCACACCUGCCACCCGCCGCCUGCUGGACCCUGCUGAGAUGCCGGGCCCGGGCCAGUAUGAGAGCCCGGACCCCAACACCUACCGUCAGCGCCGGCCAGCCUUCACCAUGCUGGGGAGGCCCCGAGCCCCACGCCCGGCAGAAGAGACCCCCGGCCCUGGCACUCACAGUCCUGAGCAGGUCACUGUGACGAAGGCCCGGGCCCCUGCAUUCACCAUGGGCAUCCGCCACUCCAAACGGGCCACCACCAUGGCUGUGGACACCACACCCUGAUGCCUUUGGGGGCAAAAUGCCCCACCGGCUCCUGAGCUGGGCCUCAGUUUCCCGUGCCGCACAGUGGGGUGUGGGCAGGCCCUUCCUGGGCUGGCUCUGGUUGCAGGGGGCAGGGGGCAGUUCCCCCUUCCUCUCAACUAUCUGAGGCCCUUCCAGGCCACCUCCUUUCUCCAGUCCCGGGGGCUGUGACCCCGUGGCCCUGACAGGGUGAGCCUCCUUUCAGCGUCCCAGUUUCUUCUCUUUGGGUCACCCCAGGCCAGGCCAGGCCAGGCCGCUGGCUGGAGAUGCAGCUUCCCAUGUCCUAGAACUCAGUGUCUGCCUGUGAGGGCCUAGGUCUCUGGCAGAGCUCGGGUUUCUGCCAGACUUGGGCUCAUCCCUGCUGCUCAAGGAGGCACAGCUGGCUGCCCUGGUCCCAGCCCAGAAUUGGGUGUCCUGGUUCCAGCCCAGAAUGGGGCUGGAAGGCCAUCCCCACCCUGUAGCUGCCUGCCAAUAAAUCUCCGUGGCGCCAGGAGCAGCCGGCAUCACACACCCAUGGGCUGUUCACAUCACAGGAACAAAACCUGAACAUUGCCCUCAAGAUCCAGACCUCUGACUCUGCAGCCCCUGGGGAUCUGGAUGGGACCAGAGAGAGGAUCCAGGGCUGGAGGAGGACAGAGAUGGAGCCAGGGCUUUGAGUGGGGGGAGCCAGCCAGGUAGGCUUCUCUGAAGAGGAGAAAUUGAAGCUGGGCUCUGAAGGAUGUAUAGAAGUUUGGUGUAGUCUAAGGUUUGCCAUCGGUAGGUGCCUACUGUGUCCCAGAUAUUGAAAAGAUUAUCUAAGCAUCACAGCAACUCAGGAGUCAGGUUACCGAGGGGCUUUGGAGAGAUGGGGCGCUUGUCCAAAGGCACACUAAGCACUACUGUCCUGAUGCCUGGUUGUGAGUCCUGGCCUUUGGGCUCUGUCCCUUCUCUCUCAGGGAUAGGAAAGGAAGGGUAGCCCAGACCCAGAAGACCCUAACCCAGGAAGCUUGAGGUAGGUGGGACAGACCACACCAUGUCUCCAUGGAGGACGAGGCCCCACAAGGGGGUGGGUGCUUGAGCAGGCAGAACCCAGAGGGCUCCUGGGUGGGUUUCAGCUCUCCCCUGCUCUGUCCUUCUCCCCCAGCCUGGGGACCAGACUUGACCUCAUACCCUUCACCUAACUAGGUGGACACACCGGGACCCCUACACACAGCUGGACACACACUAGGACUUAUACAGCUGGACACACACCAGGAUCCCUACACAAACACCUGGACACACACCCAGGACCUCUAUACACACCUGGGUAUGCACCAGGACCUCUAGACACAGGACACACACCAGGACCCCUACACACACAGGAGGACACACCCUAGGACCUCUACACGUACCUGGACACACACCAGGACCCUUACACACACAGCAAGACACACAACAGGGCCUCUGCACACACAGCUGGACUCUCUCACAUUCACAUCCACGCACAGUAUAAAUACAAGCCAACCCUCACACAGUCCACAAUUUUGUAGCCCACAUCAGAGACAAGGAACACACAGGUGUCCAGGUGGGUGCCCCAGACUCCGACAAAGUCACCCCCACCGGCUGACCCAAGGCCGAGCCUUCUGCGGGCCACAAUUUCUCUCUCAGCGUCACUGACC